AUUGUUUUUUACGAGGAUAAGAACUUCCAGGGUCGGAGUUAUGAGUGCAGUAAUGACUGCAUGGACCUUCAUACAUACUUCAGUCGCUGCAACUCCAUCCGGGUGGAAAGUGGCUGCUUUAUGAUCUACGAACGACCCAACUUCAUGGGUCACCAAUACUUCAUGAGGAGGGGGGAGUACCCUGACUACCAGAGAUGGAUGGGCUUCAGCAGUAGUAUUCGCUCAUGUCGGGUGAUUCCAGCUUACCGAGGCUCCUACAGAUUGCGCAUCUACGAGAAGCCUGACUUCAGCGGUCACAUGAUGGAGUUUAUGGAUGAUUGUCCCUGUGUGUCUGAUCGUUUCCAUCACCGCCAUGUCUACUCGUGUAAUGUUAUGAACGGCUACUGGGUUUUCUAUGAGUACCCCAACUACCGAGGCAGACAGUACUUUCUGAAGUCCGGAGAGUACAGGAGGUACCGCGACUGGUGUGCCACCUGUGCCAUCGUUGGAUCUUUCAGGAGGGUCACAGAAUUUUAGCCAUCAAGUAAAAACCUUGUUGUAAUUACGAAGCACUUUGUUUAUUAAAAUGUUGAAAUUUUAAUCAACUUUGUUAAGGGGAUUUUUGAUAAGCUACGAUUUGAAAUACAAAGCAGAAACKUUUGAAUUCUAUUAAAUAAAUAGAUAAGCGUAUAAUAGGUAAGUGAGAUUUGUAGUUUUUUUACUGUGUAGAUAAUAUAUUUAAAAGAGAGAAAAAGUGUUUUUUCCUGUUGUGUGUGGAGGGCUUUAAAAUGUACACAAGUUGCAAAUGUCAGUUUUAGUCUAAUGCAAAUAAAUCAUCUGGAACACAAAAAAUA